AUGUCGUCCGCGUGUGGUGUAGCUCUCAACGAAUAUUUAAACGAAGACGUUUUCCGAGUCGUCUUUUCGUUUCUGACCAUUCAUGAUCUAAAUCAAAUCAUUGCUACAGGUAAAAACCAUCCCAUGCCAAUUCUUGCACGUGAUGAUCAAUUUUGGGAGUUGUAUUCUCGGCAAAAGUUUGGCAAGAUCCGAAACGAAAUUGGACAAUUGUUGUUUAAUCAAAAUGAAAAAGUAUUGAGCUUAAUACCGAAUAUUAUUGAAAGAGAAUUUAGAAAACAACUUGUAGAAUUUGUUUGUCAUGUACAGUCAGAGAUUGAAAAUAAUUUCAAAAAAUUGAAAAAUAGAGUUUGUAAUUUUAAACAUGAUGCAAUUCCAAACAAUGAUCAUGACCAGAGAGUGUUGUCUUUAGUCACAACCUAUGUAGAAAAAGAAGAAAUUUUGAAUGUUAACAAUGAAGAAAUACAAAAAGAAAUUAACAAACAUUUGAAAAAGAAAAGCAAGUCUUUCAAAGUCGUUAUUGUUGGAUCUACGUCAGUAGGAAAAACCAAAUUGGUAGACACCCUGGACACAGGUUAUUAUUCUGAAUACAUGAAUAAGGGAUGUUGUUCUUUCGAAUAUAUUUCUUAUGUGAGUGAACAGGACAAGAGUAAAAGCUGCCGUUUUAAUUUGUGGGACACUUCUGGUUGUGAAGAUUAUGAUCGCCUGAGGCCUCUCUCCUAUUUUGGAGCUGACAUUGCUUGUGUUUGUUUUAACGUCACAAAUCAUAAUAGUUAUAUUGCAAUCACAGAGAAGUGGAUUUCAGAAAUUCGACAAAAUUUACCAACAGUUCCAAUAAUAUUGGUAGCUUGUAAAACUGAUCUGAGAACAGAUACUCAAGCUCUGAACGAACUGAAAUAUCAAAUGUUGAGUGCUCCUAUCACUAGUGAGCUAGGAGUAGAAUUGGCGAAACGAACGGGAUGUAUGACCUAUGUGGAAACUUCUUCUAAGAAAUAUUCUGGAUUGAGGGAGUUGCCAGAAUUGUUUAUGAAAAUUUUUGCCAUAACUAGAAUGCAAUCUCGUAACAACAAGUCAUCAUGUCAAGUUCAGUAG